AGGAGGAGCAGAUAAUGGCAGACCUGCCUGCUGAUCGCUUAAGUACAGAUCCUCCGUUCACCUUUGUUGGAUUGGAUGUGUUCGGACCAUGGUGUGUCACCUCAAGGAGGACACAUGGAGGGCUAGCCAACAGUAAGCGUUGGGCAAUCAUCUUCACAUGUAUGAGCGUGCGUGCCAUACACAUCGAGGUCAUCGAAUCAAUGGAUUCAUCCAGUUUCAUUAACGCUCUAAGACGCUUCUUUGCAGUUAGAGGGCCUGUCAAACAGCUAAGGUCAGACUGUGGUACUAAUUUUGUUGGAGCCUGUCGAGAGCUUGGGAUCAGUUCCAAAGGCUGUAACAACAAGGAAGUGUCCAACUACCUGUCUGAUCAGGGCUGUGUAUGGCUGUUUAACCCUCCCCACUCUUCACACAUGGGGGGAAGCUGGGAGAGGAUGAUCGGUGUCACACGUCGGAUCCUUGACGCAAUGAUCCUCAAGCUUGGGUCUUUUCAGCUCACACAUGAGGUCCUGACAACAUUUAUGGCAGAGGUAACUGCAAUUGUCAAUUCCAGACCACUUACUUCAGUGUCCACAGAUCCAGACGAACCUCUCAUCCUCACUCCUGCUAUGCUGCUAACUCAGAAGAUUGCUGUACUCCCUGUUCCUCCUGGUAACUUUGAUGAUAGUAAUAUCUUCAGACGUCAGUGGCAUCAGGUUCAAAGCUUGGCCAACACAUUCUGGGAGAGGUGGAAAAGGGAGUACCUCAGUAGUCUACAAGGUCGAAAGAAAUGGAGAACGGAGAGACCUAAUCUCAUGGACGGAGACGUUGUUCUAAUGAAAGAUAAUUCACUGAAGAGACAUGACUGGCCCACAGGACUGAUCACAAGGACUUUUCCAAGUGACGAUGGGAAGGUCAGGAAGGUCGAGGUGAAAGUUUUCAGAGACAGUGUUCCAAAACUUUACUUAAGGCCAGUGUCUGGAGUUAUACUCCUGUUGCAGAGAAACUCUGUCAAGUGA